UCGCCGCCGCCAGCCACCCGCUGCUCUACGUCAAGCUGCUCGUGCAGGUUGGCCAUGAGCCACUGCCUCCAACCAUUGGAAGAAAUGUGCUGGGAAGGAAGGUCCUGUACAUGCCUGGCUUCUUCACCUACGAGACCUGAGGAAGUUUGCCUGGGAGAAGGUGGUGGGGCAGGAACUGAACAUGGGUUUGUGAGGUCCAUAUGAACCCCGAGUCAGACCUUCCUGGGGUGGAGGGAGGAGGUGACAGCACAGAGCACCUGGGAUGAUCCCCCCUGCCUGGUUCAGUCCAAACUCCCUUGGAGCCCUUUCAGCCAGACACAUCGUGGAAGUGGAUGGGAAGAGAGGCCUCUUCCGUGGCCUGACUCCUCGCCUCAUCUCAAGCACUUUAUCAACCAUCACCAGGGGGAGUGUGAAGAAGGUAAAGGCUUUUCCACUGGAAGACAUGGAGCACGUGUCUAACAGGGAUGAUGUGAAAACUUCACUUAGGAAAGUGGUCAGAGAGACAUCCCACGAGAUGAUGAUGCAGUGUGUGUCCCGGGUUGUCUCACACCCGCUGCACGUGAUCUCCAUGCGCUGCAUGGUCCAGUUCGUAGGCCGGGAAGUCAAAUACAGCGGUGUGUUCAGUGCCAUUGGCAGGAUAUUUAAGGAAGAAGGGAUCCUGGGAUUCUUUGUUGGGUUAGUCCCUCACAUCCUGGGGGAUGUCAUCUUCCUCUGGUGCUGCAACCUCCUGGCUCACUUCAUCAACACCUACGCUGUGGAUGACAACUUCAGCCAGGCCUCGGUGAUCCGGAGCUACACCAAGUUCGUGAUGGGGAUCGCUGUGAGCAUGCUGACCUACCCGUUCCUUCUUGUGGGAGAUCUCAUGGCAGUGAACAACUGUGGGUUGCGUGCAGGCCUCCCUCCCUACGCUCCUGUCUUUGCAUCCUGGAUCCACUGCUGGAGGUACCUCAGUGCUCAGGGGCAGCUGUUCCGUGGCUCCAGCCUGCUGUUCCGCAGGGCGCCCGUCCCAGCCGCCUCCUUCCCCAUCGACUGACGCCUCGGCAGGGACAGCUCAUCAGCGUGGACUCCUCAAGAAACCCCAAGCUUGUUUCGAUAUCUGUAUAUUUCUAUUUUCUGAUCCAAAGUCCAUGGUGCCAGAGCUGACACCUCCUCUCCAGCAAGGCCAGGAACAGACUUCUGGACAUCUGGCUCAGGCCCCAGCUGGACCAAAGCUCCAUCCUCGUGGCUGUCUCAACUGGGAUGUAUAGCAGAGAGAGCAGAAAGCUGUUGUCUCUUUGGUCCAAGCUGUAGCUCUGGAGUUGCUGGGGAAGUCCAGGAAUCCAGAAAAUGCCCAGGUACUAAAGGAGCCAGCCAUGAGCUGCAGGGACAAAAGACUGCUUUGUUCUGCCUGAGCUGAAAAGCAGCAGGAGAGCCAAGGUCACCUCCCUGGGAAGGUUAUGCCAGGUGACAGCCUCCUGCCUCGUCCUUUCUGGAGAGAGCACCUUUGCCUGGCAGGUAGCUCAUCCUGGGCAAGAUCAACCUGCCAUCCAUAUUUAAGGUUUGAGGGUCCUUAUCACCCAGGAACAUCCCACCUCCCAUGGGCAUGAAAAGGAAAUUAUAGGAUCAAAACAGGGAAGGGAAACAGAGUCCCACUGCAAAGAACAGAAGGGUCCCAAAGAGACAGGUCCAGCCCAGCUCAGGGCAGUGAUGGGAUGUGGACAAGGAGAGGGUUCUUGGGAAGGGACAUGUGCUGCCAGUGAUGCUGCUUUGGGCAGGAUUUCACUCAUGGAAUGGGCUGUGUUCAGGAAACACCCAGCAGAGCUGUGGGCUGGGCAGGCAGCCUGCACCCACUCUGGGGGAGGCAGGUGCUGGGUUGGACUGGCUGGCUGCAGCAAGGGGCCUCUCUCAGCCAGCAGCACCAACGCUGGGCUCCUGCUCCUGUUGGGAUCUGAGAGCUGCACACAAAGGGCUCUCCUGCAGCAGGGGCAGCCAUCCAGGGCUGUCUGCAAUGAAGGAACACACCUUGAGCUGGCCAAAGGCUGGUGAGGCAUCAGAGUUGAAGGCUCCUGGUGCUCAGUGGAGCACGGCUGGCUCUGUGUGUAGCAGAGCUCACCAUGGCACCGGGGCAGGAUUGAUGCUCAGCUCCCUAGACAAGAAUUUCUUUGCACCAGUCUGUGCUGUGAUGGCAGCCAGGCAGAUUUCCCCUAUUUCAGUUCCCCACGAAGCAGUCUUUUGCACAGAGGUGAUGCUGCACUCCCUGGGAAGAGGUUUAGCAUUGCUUGAGCAGGUUCCCAUGUGCUGCAGCUGGGGUCACAUCUCAUCCUGGUCCUCUGGGGACCUGCCAUCACAGGGGUUUUUUCUGCAGCAGGCAGGGUCGAUGCACACCCCAGGCAGGGCUUGCAGGACAGUGGUGGUGCGUGCUGGGACUGGCAGCCCCCACCCAGCUCCUUCAGUGUCGUGAAGUCGGUCCUGUCUGUCCUCCCUCGCUCCCAGUUUGUGUUACAGUUAAAUAAUGCAUGGACCUGUUCCCUAACACCAGAGAUGAUUUCAAAGAGAAUUUAAUUAUGCUCCAAAAUACAGUUAUAAAACAA